AUGGAGUCUGCUGAGUGUGUUCCGUCGGCUCUGGGGCGCUUACCUUUCAAUAACACCGUAUUGAAAAAACUACCAAUAGAUGACUCGGACCAACCCGGGUCUCGGGUGGUGCCAGAGGCUUGUUUCUCCCGAGUUCGGGCUCUCCAACCGCUGGUCCGACCUGUUUUUGUGGCACUAUCACAGUCAGCACUCUCUCUACUGGGCCUGAGUGCGCAGGAGGUGCUCAGCGAUCCUCUGGGUCCGGAGUAUUUGAGCGGCUCCAGGCUGUUGCCGGGCUCCGAGCCAGCGGCGCACUGCUACUGCGGGCACCAGUUCGGGCUGUUUGCGGGUCAGCUCGGAGAUGGGGCUGUGAUGUAUCUCGGUGAAGUGGAGUCUUGUGCACACGGGAGAUGGGAGGUUCAGGUGAUGACGCGAACUGCUAGGCUAGUGGCCCAGUGGCAGUGUGUUGGCUUUUGCCAUGGUGUCCUUAACACAGACAACAUGAGCAUCCUGGGUCUUACCCUGGACUAUGGUCCCUUUGGCUUCAUGGAGAGAUUUGAUCCAGACUUUGUCAGCAAUGCCUCAGACAAAAAGAGGCGCUACUCGUACCAAUCACAGCCAUCUGUGUGCCGCUGGAACCUGGCUCGCCUAGCUGAGGCGUUGGGCUCUGAGCUUGAUCCAGCAGAGGCAGGAGCCGUCCUGGAUGAAUUCAUGCCCACGUAUAAGGCGUUCUACCUAUCUAUCAUGAGGAAAAAGCUGGGCCUUGUAAGAAUAGAAGAGGUAGAGGACCGAGAGCUUGUAUCAGAUCUGUUGCGUGUCAUGCACAACACAGGUGCCGAUUUCACAAACACCUUCCGCUUGCUGAGUUGUGUCCCCUGGCCUGAAGAGGGCGAUAGUGAGAGAGCCACUGUGGGCUCAGUGGUGGACCUCAUCCUAGAGCAGUGUGCCUCUAUUGAGGAGCUAAAGCAAUUUGGGAGCCAAUCUUACCAGGAUAAUCUUGAACUGGCAAUGAUCCUGUCUCUGGCACAAACCAAUCCACUCAUGUUUGGGAUGGUGGCAGACAGCCCAGGUAUGACCGAACAGCUUGAAUUAUUGGGCCGACUCAAGGAGCUCGUCGAGACCAACCAAGAUGACCUUAAAAGGAAGCAACGUGAUGACUGGAUCCACUGGAUUGGCCAAUACAGGAUGCGUUUAGGACGGGAGUGUGAUAGCACAAGUGACUUACCUGUUAUCAUAAAGGAGCGACUCAAAGUGAUGAACGGCAUCAACCCCCGUGUGGUCUUACGCAAUUACAUUGCUCAGAAUGCAAUUCAAGCUGCAGAAAAAGGAGACUUCUCCGAGAUUGUUAGGGUUCUCAAAGUUCUUGAGAAACCAUAUUCUGAUCCUGAAACUUUGUUUGGACCUGAUGGAUGUGGUGAGGUGGAGCACAGUGGGGCGGAGCUGGAUGUUGCAUAUGAUGGGAAGCCUCCAGCCUGGGCACAAACACUUUGUGUCACAUGAUCCUCGUAAAACCUCCCAAGCAGGUGGAGGAAGACUUUAUUUCCUGCUUCCUGUUGGGAGGAUGUGAUGCAGUCCUCUGUGUUCUGGUGUUCACUGUUGUGCAUUUAGUUUGGUAUUUGUGUGAUCACACGCUUUUAUUUCAGUGUGCAAAUGUGUCUGAUGAAAAGAGUAAAAAAUAGACAAACAGAAACGUCACUGCUGAUGAAGUAUGAUGGCUCAGGCUACCAGUCACACAAUGAUCUGCCUGGGCUUGAAACACAAAUGAACAUCAGGAUAUAGCUGUAAUAGUAACAAAAUUAAGAAGUUUAAACUGCUGAACAUGAUAUGAUUAGUGGCAUAAGCAUGUGAGAAUUUGUGGGUAUUAGUUAAUAGCAAUAUAUUGUUUGUUAAAUAACAUGAUUUUAGACCUGUUAAUUAAAGUCCCAAUAAAUCAUUUGCAAAUAA